AACGACGAGGAUGUUGGACGAUUUGGAGAUGCGCCAACUAGACUCGGAAAAGUUUCCUUUACAGUCUUAUCACAAUCGUCCAUGUUAGAUACGGGUUGAACGAUCAAUAUCAUACAACUCCGUGUCUGAUGAAUAUCUUUUACUACCUGCUAUAGCAUUAGCGGCUGGAUGCUAGCACAUGAUGGAAGACGAGUUCGAGGAAGAGCUGCAAGACCCUUCGAAAAUCCCCAUAUGGCUUGAUUGCGAUCCAGGUCAUGAUGAUGCUUGUGCCAUUCUCCUAGCGGCAUAUCAUCCUGCUUUUUGCCUACUAGGCAUCUCCACUGUGCAUGGUAAUGCUUCCUUAGACAAAUGCACAUAUAAUGCCCUCAGCGUCCUCGAAGGAAUUGGAAAAUCCCAGGUUCCAGUCUUCCCAGGCUCGUCACGGCCAUUCUGCCGGAUGGUACAUACAGCGUCUGAUAUCCACGGAGCCAGCGGACUGGCUGGAACAUCUCUCUUGCCUCAACCAACCCGCUCCGCUCUGGCGCACUGCAACGCCAUCCUGGAGAUGCGCGAUGCUCUUCUCGCACAGCCAAAAGGCAAAGCCUAUUUGGUUGCCACAGGUCCGUUGACCAACGUUGCUCUUCUUUUCGCCCUGUGUCCAGAUCUCGCCAGCCACAUCGCUGGGCUGUCCAUCAUGGGUGGUGCCGUGGGCUCUGGUUUUACCCAUGUGUCUAUGGGACCAAGCUACCUGGACCCGAAUGGUGUCUCGCACGACCGCAUUGGCAAUUGGACUCCAUUUGCAGAAUUCAACAUUUGGGCCGAUGCCGAAUCUGCUCGAGCUGUACUGAGCAAUCCUCUCCUAAGCCCCAAAACAACGCUCAUCCCUCUGGACCUCACGCAUCAAGCUUAUGCCACGCCGCAGAUUCAGAACAUGUUGCUCAACCAUAGACGUCCAACACGGCUGCGCACAAUGUUCAAUGAGCUGCUGAUGUUCUUCGCCCACACAUAUGCGGAGGUCUUUGGGCUAAAUGAGGGUCCACCACUGCAUGACCCGCUUGCCGUUGCUGUCUUGCUGGACAACCAUUUCGAGUCUAACGUUGCCAUUGCAUUCAACGAUAAGGGGGGUGAGAGAUGGAAUGUGGACGUCAUCCUUGAAGGCGAACAGAUAGGUCGCACAGUUGCCACCAAGUCGGAGACCGGAGAAGGAAUACGGAUACCAAGAGCCUUGGACCUGGAAAGAUUUUGGCACACGCUAGAAUCCUGCAUGGCCGCAGCAGACGAGGCCACAGGUUUUGAAAAUUGAACGAGGU